GCCGGCAGACUGCAGCUUUCAUGGAGUAGAUGAUACAAGAGUUAUCCUAGCCUCUCUCAUCAGCGUGUUUACACAAGUUCUCUCCAGACUUUUAGUUUUGUCCAUCUCAAGCUCUUUUGAAGUGAGACCAGGUGAUGAAAUCUUGACAAUGCUACAGACAGCAACUGUUGAUUUGAAGGAAUUUGAGAGAGAAGCAGCUUGUCUUCCUCCAGAGGAUGAUGACAGUUGGCUGGAGAUUACAGCAGGUGAUCUAGAUCAGAUGCUGAAGGAGGCAAGAAACGAGUCCCUUCCUUCCUCAAAUGAGGAAGAGCAGAAAUACGACUUGGAAGCAGUUGCUGAAAGGGCAGACUCAGAAGAGCUGGAUUCUGAUGAUCUGGAUGAAGAGGAGGAGUUUGAUUUCUUGAAUGAGGAUGAUGAAGACUUAGAUGUGGAAGAUCAAAGGCAAGACCAGAAGGUGCCGCCUAAUGAGCUUAUAGGCAGUCUCAAGUCAUACAUGAGUGAGAUGGACCGUGAACUGGCACAUACCAACGUUGGUAAAAGUUUCACUGUCCAAAAGAGAGGGGCAAGUUCUGUUAAUGCAACUACGUCUCAAAGUGCUGGCCCUGAUGAUACUGAGUUGAUACCAGUUGAUGUGGAUCAGAACCUGGUAGCUAACCUGCUCGAAUCCUACAGUGCUCAAUCUGGACUGGCAGGACUCACCUCUAACAUUUUACAGAGCAUGGGAGUAUGUUUACCUGAAAAUGCAGAUCAUAUUGGCUCUAACAAUCGAGCCACAGAAUAAAAGGCUGUCUUAGUGCAGAAAACAUGGCUGAUUGAGAAAUGAAGCACAGAAAAACUAACAGUAUUUGGAAUAAGAGACAAAAGGUUUGAACUUAAAACAUUUAUGCUUUAGUUAUGUGACUUUAAAGAUACAAAGUGAAUUUGCCUGCAAAAGCCAUC